AAUUGGGCUCCCAGGGCGCUGAAAAUGUGGCAACGCUGUUUGGAUGCGACCUCAACUCAAUUGAUCGGAUUGCUAGGAUUCCUAUCUAGCCGCAUUCAGUCAUUAUGAACCGCCGGAAACGCGGCUAUGAAGAUCGGGAAGGCGGUGGGGCGGGUGGGUACCGCAAAAAGCGGCGAACCAACGAAACGGUGGAAAUCGAGGAUCGCUUGGAAUCGCUCAUUCUCCGUGUGGGCGAAAAGAGCACCUCAUCCUUGGAAAGCAAUUUAGAGGGUCUGGCUUCGGUGUUGGAGGCGGAUUUGACCACCUACAAGAACAAGAUCCUCAAGAUCUUGGUGGAUUGCGCCGUCUCUUUGCCCGAUAAGUGCACCAUCUACACCACCCUCAUCGGAUUACUCAACACCAAGAACUACAACUUUGGCGGCGAGUGCGUGGAGUUACUCAUCAAGUCCAUGAAAGACUCGUUGAAAACGGUCAAAUGGGAGCAAGCGCGUUUUGCCCUGCGUUUCAUCGCGGAUUUGGUCAAUUGCCACGUUAUCUCGGCCGGAUCUCUCCUCCAACUCAUGGACAAUUUUGUGGAUGCCGCCUUGGAAGAGGGUGUGCCUCAGGUUCGUCGGGAUUGGUUCGCUUAUGCCGUCUUGUCUUGUCUCCCUUGGGUGGGUCGAGAGCUCUACGAAAAGAAGGAGUCUGAAUUGGAUCGCAUGUUAGGCUCUUUGGAAGGCUAUAUCAAGCGGCGUAAUAAGACGCAUCAUAACGCCCUCCGCGUGUUUCGCUCAGACACGCCUCAUCCGCAGGAGGAGUAUCUGGAUUGCUUGUGGCAGCAAAUCAAGCGUUUGCGGAGCGACAUGUGGGUGGAGAAACACAUCGUGCGGCCUUAUUUGGCCUUUGACUCGGUCUUGUGUGAGGCCUUGCAACACAAUCUGCCCCAAAUGGUACCUCAACCUCAUCACCCGUCAACUAUUUAUCCGUUGCCGCAAGUGGUGUUCAGAAUGUUUGAUUACACGGAUUGUCCCGAGGGACCUUCGAGCACCAUCAUCUUGCCGGGACAGCACUCCAUUGAGCGAUAUCUCAUCGAGGAGCAGUUGAGACACAUCCUCAAGACCUAUCACAAAGAGCGCAAGGAAUGUGCCGCCCAAUUGUUGAGCUAUCCACUCAAAAAUAAAAUCCCAUUGGAGUACAUGAUUGUGGAGGUCAUGUUUGGCGAGAUCUUCCGCUUACCGAAUCCCGAGUUCAUUGAGAUUGCGUAUGGCAGCAUCUUGAUCGAAUUGUGCAAGCUUCAACCAAGUACGAUGCCACAGGUGUUGGCUCAAGCUACCGAGUUGCUUUUUGAGCGCAUCGACACGAUGAGUGUCACUUGCUUUGAUAGAUUCAUCUCUUGGUUUUCGUACCAUUUGUCGAACUUUCAAUUCCGUUGGUCUUGGGAAGAUUGGGAGGAGCACACCAAAACGGAUCCUGAGAUGCCCAAACCCAAGUUCAUCAAAGAGGUCCUAUUGAAAUGCCUCAGAUUGGCCUAUCAUCAAAGGAUCGUGGACGUUGUUCCAGAGAGUUUCGCCGCUUUUGCGCCCGAAAAGCCCGAGGCCCACUUUAAAUUUGCACUCGAUCCCAACGAGCCUGGCGCAGAGAUCAAUGGAUGCAAUCUGGCCUUCAAGUUGGUAAAUGCCAUUAAACAAAAGAUAUCGCAAGAAGAGAUCCAGGCCAUUCUCAGCGAUAUCCCGGAAGGGGAACAAGAUCGCGAAUUGAACACCCUAAAGGUAACCGUGUUCACCCAGACGUUGCUUCACUUGGCAAGCAAAAGUUUCUCUCACUCAUUCGCGGCCAUCGCCAAGUUUCAUCCCACCUUCAAGACUUUGGCCGACACUGAAGAGGCCCAAAUCUGUAUGCUCCGAAGCAUGUACGAAUUGUGGCGGAAGCACCAUCAAAUGAUGGUUGUACUGGUGGACAAGCUACUAAAAACGCAGAUUGUGGAGUGCUCGGCCGUGGCUAAUUGGCUGUUCUCCAAGGAGAUGGUGGGAGAAUUCACCAAGGUCUACACGUGGGAAAUCCUUCAUCUCACCAUUAGGAAGAUGAAUAAACACGUGAACAAGUUGAACAAAGAGGCUAAUGAUGCUCGCAAAAUGGUGGAGGAUGUGGAGAGUGAGUCCGAGGACUCGGACAAUGAUCAAUCGCGGAAGACCAUGGAGAAGCCCACCGAGGAGCAAGUGGAAAAACUCGAAGAAAAACUCGAAGCCGCACAAGCCGACCAAAAAAACUUGUUUCUCAUCAUUUUCCAGCGUUUCAUUAUGAUCUUAUCAGAGCAUUUGGUCCGUUGUGACACAGAUGGAGUGAACUUCAAGAACCCAUGGUAUCAUUGGACCAUUGGCCGACUGCAACAAAUUUUCUUACUGCACCAUGAACAGGUCGAGAAGUACAGUACCACCUUGGAGACUCUGCUAUUCACACAAGAUCUGGAUCCCAACAUUUUGGAUGUGUUCCAACAAUUUUUGGCAUUACGAAUGUGAACAUCGUGAAGAUCCCCAAAGCGUUCUUGCUCAUUUGGCCGAAAAUCGAUUAAUGAUCGGACGAGGCGAUGAUUUCAAUCUAUUAUUGAGGUUGGUUUCUUUAUUGCGCUUCGGAUGCGAGGAUUUCAUGAAAGUUUCAAUAUCACAUUGAGAAGUCGAACAUGUGCAACUUAAAGUGUAUUCAUGAUGCCAAUUGAUUUUUCAAGAAUAAAAUGUGAAACGAUGGGGUUGCUUCGAGUAUUUUA